AUGGAGGAGGAGCUGAAGUGCCCGGUGUGUGGCUCCCUAUUCCGGGAGCCCAUCAUCCUGCCCUGCUCUCACAAUGUCUGCCUGCCAUGCGCUCGCACCAUCGCGGUUCAGACCCCAGACGGUGAGCAGCACCUGCCCCCGCCGCUCUUGCUUUCGCGGGGUGCCGCCGCCGCCGCGCCCCCUCCGGAUCAGGACGCUGCGGCCGGCGCUACCUGCGGAGGCGCCGGCGCUAGCACAGCUGGAGGCCUGGGCGGCGGGGCGGCCGGUGGUGGAGACCACGCGGACAAGCUGAGCUUGUACAGCGAGACUGACAGCGGCUAUGGUUCCUACACCCCCAGCCUCAAGUCUCCCAACGGAGUCCGCGUGUUGCCGAUGGUGCCUGCGCCCCCAGGCUCUUCUGCCGCCGCUGCCCGGGGCGCUGCCUGCUCCUCACUCUGCUCAUCCUCCAGCUCCAUCACCUGCCCGCAAUGCCACCGCAGCGCGUCACUGGAUCACCGCGGCCUGCGAGGCUUCCAGCGCAAUCGACUGCUGGAGGGUAUAGUGCAGCGGUACCAGCAGGGCCGCGGGGUUGCUGCUGGAGCGUCUGCAGCCCCGGCGGUGGCCAUCUGCCAGCUGUGCGACCGCACCCCACCGGAGCCGGCAGCCACUCUCUGCGAGCAAUGCGACGUGCUCUAUUGCGCCACCUGCCAGCUUAAGUGCCACCCGUCCCGGGGCCCCUUCGCUAAGCAUCGGCUAGUUCAGCCGCCGCCUCCGCCAGCACCCCCAGAAGCUACCCCUGUUUCAGCCGGCACAUCCAUGGCCCCCAGCACAGGAGGAUGCAGGAGCCCAGGGGGUGCUGGGGCCAGCGGGCCUCGAAAGUUCCCCACAUGCCCCGAGCACGAAAUGGAGAACUACAGCAUGUACUGCGUGAGUUGUCGGAGCCCGGUGUGUUUCCUGUGCCUGGAGGAAGGCAGGCAUGGCAAACACGAGGUGAAGCCGCUGGGGGCAACGUGGAAGCAACACAAGGCCCAGCUGUCUCAGGCCUUGAAUGGGGUUUCAGAUAAGGCCAAGGAGGCGAAGGAGUUUCUGGUUCAGCUCAAGAACAUUCUGCAGCAGAUCCAGGAAAAUGGAUUGGACUAUGAAGCUUGUCUGGUGGCCCAGUGUGAUGCCCUGGUGGAUGCACUGACCCGGCAGAAAGCCAAGCUGCUCACCAAGGUGACCAAAGAGAGGGAGCACAAGCUGAAGAUGGUUUGGGACCAGAUCAAUCACUGCACGCUGAAGCUGCGCCAGUCCACAGGCCUGAUGGAGUACUGCCUGGAGGUGAUCAAGGAAGAUGACCCUUCUGGGUUCCUGCAGAUCUCAGAUGCCCUGAUCAAACGUGUGCAGGUGUCCCAGGAGCAGUGGGUCAAAGGUGCCCUGGAGCCCAAAGUGUCUGCGGAAUUUGACCUAACUUUGGACAGCGAACCUUUGCUGCAAGCCAUCCACCAGCUGGACUUCGUCCAGAUGAAAUUGCCACCUGUACCCCUGCUGCAGCUGGAGAAGUGCUGCACCCGCAAUAACAGCGUCACCCUGGCCUGGAGGACACCGCCCUUUACCCACAGCCCCGCUGAUGGCUACAUCCUGGAGCUGGACGAUGGCGAUGGGGGGCAGUUCCGGGAAGUAUACGUGGGCAAGGAGACCCUGUGCACCAUUGACGGGCUCCACUUCAACAGCACCUACAAUGCCAGAGUCAAAGCCUUCAACUCCUCUGGCGUCGGGCCCUACAGCAAGACCGUGGUCCUUCAGACCUCUGAUGUGGCCUGGUUCACUUUUGACCCCAACUCUGGUCACCGGGACAUCAUCUUAUCUAAUGACAACCAGACAGCCACCUGCAGUAGCUAUGACGACCGGGUGGUGCUAGGCACAGCUGCGUUCUCCAAAGGCGUGCACUACUGGGAGCUGCAUGUGGACCGCUAUGACAACCACCCAGACCCCGCCUUCGGGGUGGCCAGGGCCAGCGUCGUCAAGGACAUGAUGCUGGGCAAGGAUGACAAGGCCUGGGCCAUGUACGUGGACAACAACCGCAGCUGGUUCAUGCACUGUAACUCACACACCAACAGGACUGAAGGCGGAGUGUGCAAGGGGGCGACCGUGGGCGUGCUGCUGGACCUGAACAAGCACACACUGACCUUCUUCAUCAAUGGGCAGCAGCAGGGCCCCACAGCCUUCAGCCACGUGGAUGGGGUCUUCAUGCCUGCCCUCAGCCUCAACCGAAACGUGCAGGUCACCCUGCACACGGGACUGGAGGUGCCAACAAACCUCGGACGGCCAAAGCUGGCAGGCAACUAGCCUGGUGGCUCCUGCGGCCUAGCUGGCUGUCACGGAGGCCCUCACAGAGGACAAGGGCACAACAGGAAGUCCCAGUAGCCAGUGAAUGUCUGAAGAUGCUUUUUGGGGGGAAUGGAGAGUGAAGGCGCUGUGAGUAACAAGGCCAUACUGUGGCUGCCUAUGUCUGUCAGGAGUGACCUCUCACCUCUGUACCACAGAGCUUAUGGUCCCUAGGGUGCCCUCAAGAGGGCGCUCUGGAAGCCUUUGGUUUCAGGCUGAUGUUCUCCGACAUUGUUUGGAAAGUUUGAUUUCCCCUUAGAUUUUUUUUUUUUCUGGAGGGAGAGAGGAAAGCUAACUUUGGGACGGGUAUCCCAAGAUGAGUCUGCGCGGUGAUGUCACUCCACGCCAGUGUCAAACCUGUUUCUAGGAGUCUGCUCCUGCCAAACCGGCAGCUUGUCACCUCUGCUGGGAGAAACUGACCUUGAGCCUUCGGGAUAUGGAGUCUUCAAUACACCACAAACUAAUUCAGGACUAAUGGAAGGGACAUUAAUCUACCAGAACCCUUCAGAAGGGCUUCCUUAAGGCCUUUAUUAUGAACUAUGUGCUAUCAACACACACACACACACACACACACACACACACACGGUGUGUGUAAUAACCAGUUAAAUUUUAUUCAUUCCAUUCUUAGUUACAAACAGAAACACUGGAAUCCAAGACAGUGACAUGUCUUUGCACAAUGGUGGCUUUUUCUAGAACCUGCUUUCCCAGACAUUGAUGGAAAUCUAUCUACUCUGCCUUCCUUCCUGAGCUAGGCCUUGAGCACAGAAGCAGCAGACCCUGGCCUCACAUCAAAGCCCCUGUAACUUCCCUGGGUGCCCUGCUGGAAGCAUCUUGAACAUGAGAAGUACCUGGUGGGAAUAUGGGUGGCUCCAUGACAAUGGGACAAACAAGGCCUGGAGAAAGGCUGAGACUCAAUGACGACACCUUACAACUUGUCUUUCCACAUGAGCCAGGGUUCUCUGGGGUGCAGGGAGGCUCUCCUUCUUCUGAGGAGCGCCGCUCGCGCUGGUGAGGUCCACAUGGAGUCACCCUCCGUCAGGCCCCGCGACCUCCCUUCCAGCGUCCCGCAGUCUCCCGCUCUGCCUGGCAGUAACCUUGCUCUCUCCUUUGGAAAGAAUUCAUCAGGCAUUUCGUUUUACACGGAGGAAUGACUUGUCCAUCAGCUGGGCUGGUUUUUAUCGGAUGCAUCUGCACGGCACCCCAAUCGUGCUUCCUCUCCGCCUUUGUGCACGGGUCCUGCACCUGUUCCCAAGUACCCACCACUGGGCUGCACAGACCCUCCAGUCCUACCUCAGAGCUCUUGCUCACGGCCCUUGUUUCCUCAGAUACUCCAACGUCACCAGGAGCAGUUCAGCGCUGUCCAGCCUCCACACUGGGUCCUGGAGUUACCGUCAAUGCAGAGGCAUAGCUUUGGCUUCUUUGGAUUCUCUUCCUGCCAAGUGGUCUCUGGCUCAGUGGCCUAUAACUCCAUCUAAAGCCCUCAGGGUAGCCCACAGGACCCUGGCUACCAUGUCCUCAGUUGCUCAGCUGGUCCUGUUGACCCACAGCCACAGUUCUGGAAGACCCCAGCAAAUGGAGGGAAAGGAGCUUCAAAGUGAAGACCCAGGCAGUCACAUGUGGCCAUGGUUGGGGUGGUGGCGGUGAUGGUGAUGGUGAUGGUGGUGGUUCUCUGGUGGUGUCUGGCUCUCUGGUAGAAGAUUCCAGAGACUCUGGAGUAAGAACACACAGAAAAGCUGGCCAGGGGGAGCCCCGCAGUCUUCAAAGCCCAGGUCAAGCCCCUGCCUGGGAAGUGGGAGUCACUUGGGCAGACCUGGAGCUGUGGGUGGCUUUGGGGAGAUAAGAAAAUGGCCACCAUUCCAGGGGACUAUUUUUUCUGGUGCUGGAAAAUCCAACCCAUGGCCUUGGUCUUGCACAUGCUCAACAAUUGAGCCCCCAGUGCUCUUGGAGAUCACUUUCCUCCUUCUCCUCUUCUUCCUCUUCUUCCUCCUCCCCCUUCUCUUCCUUUUUCUCUUCUCCCCUCCUCCUUUUACUCUUCCUCCUUCUUAUUUUAGUUUGUUUGAGACAUGGUCUCACACUGUAGCCCAGGCUGGCCUGGAAUUCACUGUAUAGCUCAGGCUGGCCUUGAACUCACAGCAAUCCUCCUGCCUCAGCCUCCCGAGUACUGAGAUUACAGAGGUGAGCAUCGCACCCAACUCAGUUAACCUCUUUAAGGAGGUUCCCUGGAGUUGAGCAAGGGAGGUCCAGCUCCCCAUCUCCCACGGCAGCAUGAGUGGGGGUGCUAAAUCUCCCUUUGCUCACUAGAGCCCAGAAGCAAUACGCUGAUGCCAGGGCCAACCCGGGCAGCCCUACACAGCCACCUCCCCCGCCUUCUGCACAGGGCGCCUUUCAGGGACAAGAAUGCAUGGAUGAGAGAAGAGCAGCGCCGUACGACACACUUGGGGGUUUGAGGUGAUCAAAAAGCGAAGGAACUUAACUCCUCACAGUGGCAAGGCCCUGGAAUUGCACGUGACAGACGGACAGAUCCUGGGGUCUUAGGACAUCGAGUCCUUAGCACUGACGCUGAGAUGACUGCUGUAUGAAAAUGACAUCAAGGGAGGCCUUCCUUGGUUGGCCACUGAGUAGGAAUUUAGGGUAAGUCUGAGGAAGAAAUUCACCUGGAGCCUGCUCUCUGUGUGGGCUAGGGAAUGCCAAUCCCUUUGAAAUGAAUGUCCUUGACAGUACCCACUGGCACCUACCCCCCCCCACACACACACAGCUCCUCCUCCCUCACAGUAGGACAGCAGGACCCCAGCCCAGGCUUUUCCUCCUCUGUCCUAUCUGGAGACAACUGCCUGGCCUUGGCACUCACGCCGUGUGUGGUCCAGGCUGCACCUUCAGUCCUUUGAGUACUCUGUGAUCCCAAAAAUGUUCUUAGUGGCUCUGUAGGGCCCAGGGGUCCAGAGCCAGGAAGCAAUAUGCUAUCAGGGUGAGCCCUGACACAGGGUGAGCUCUGCCGAGAAGGGGAGAGAAGGGGAUGUCCACCUUACUGAGGCCUUUCUCUCGCUCAUGUUGCCCUACCCCUUCCCUGGCCCUUUCAGGUGAAGGCCAGAGUGUAGCAUCCACAGUGAAUUUUCUUUCCCAGGGGCAGCAUGUCAGCCUUAAUUCUCUGAUUGAGAGGCUUGCUCCUUGAGUGGAGACGUGCCUCAGGGCAGGUGGUCUGGGUUUGCCCUUGAUGAGGCUGUCUCCACCCCCUAGGGUCUCUUGUUACAGAGGGGUGAAGACAGUGGAUAAAAUCACUGGGGGGAAUCUCGAUACGGGAGUGUAAAGAACACCAUCACAGAACUGUGGGAGUGACCCUGGGUGCUUAAUGCUGACAUUUUGGGUGGGGCCUGCGUGCUGAAAAGCAUUAAGCACCCAUUGUCUGGAUCCUCACGAUACCAAGAGCACCCCCAGUUAGUGUGACAAUCCCAAAUACCCAGACAUUUCCAGAUGCCCCCUUGGGGCUGACCUGGAUCUGGGUCAUAUUGAUUUGUUGGGUGUUGACAUUCAUAGUGUUGGUACCCAUUCCUGUGUCACAUAGGAGAUCUGUUUCAAAGCCACUGGCCUCAUGUUACCCCAACGUAAGAAUUCUUCACAGGUUUUCAGUGAAGCAUGUGAGGACAAAGGGGCUCCCAUUUCUGCUCACUGAAGAUAGUGGCCAAGCCCACCUCUGUUCUCGGAAAGAAAGGCUCCUUCCCUCCAUUUUUCUUGGCCACAUUUUCCAAGAAGGAACAGGGACAUCUUAAUGGAUUUGGGGCCCUCAAGGAGUUAAAGAAAUAUCAUAUAUUAUUAGAAGACAUUCAAAGUCCAAACUCUGUUACCCUGGAAUAGCCAGUUGUUGGUGACAGCCUGGUAUGGCUCUUGUCUGAAGAGGUCCUGAGGAGGUGGAGAGGUGAACUAAGGUAAGAGGGGGCUUGAGGCAGGACGGGAAAGUAGGACAUCUCUCAGCAUUUACCCCUUAAACUGGCUUUGAUGUUGGCUCAUGGCAUGCAUGAGGUGAAUAUCCUACUUGUUUCCGUGCCUCGGUAUCCCUUCCUGCAAACAGGGCUGGUCAUGCCAACUACCUCCUCUCUGUACUGUGUGGAUCAUGGAAUAGACUCAUCAGCAAGGCCCAGGCUAAAUGACUCAUUCGGUGGCUCAAACCUGGAUAACCACAGUGUCUUCCACCCAAGCAAGUCUUUUCGCAUAGUGCCUGGCAUUUCAGACACUCACGGGACCACAGCAAGCUCAUCCAUUAAUGGAGAGCCUGGGUUAAUGUGACGUGCCAGGGCCUUGAACAGGCCAAACCCGUCAGCAACCUUCUCUUGAGUGCUAAAAGCAUCUGUGUGCGGUGUCCCCUAAGCCAAGAAAAGAUGUUAGCCAGCCUUUUGCCCCGUUCCUUCCUUCCGUUCUGGUCUUUAGGGAAUCCUCCUACCCACGGCCUUUCACAUCUGUUUACCCAGCAGUGGGAGUGGCUUUGGGAGACACCUGAGAGUGUUAUGACAUACAGCUGAACUGGGACCUCUAGCUUGGGAUGGCUAGUGACAAGUCAAUUUUAGACAGGCGGCUGCGGUUGGGACUUGUGGCACAAGCUAUGAAGGGCAGGGAGCCUGAUCUUUUCCAUGAAUUGUGCUGAAUUCAGGGGAAGGAGCUGGGUGGGACCUGACUCUAAGCGAGGUGAUUUCCUCAAGUGGUGCAGCUCACUGAGGGCCCAGCUGUCAACCCAGCCCUGGGAAAGGUCCCAGAGCUUGAGGGCCAGCAGGGUGGCACUGGGCACCAAGCCUUUGUGCGCAGUUCUGAGCAGAUGCUACACAGGCCUUGGGAUGGCUGAUGGAGCUCCUUGCGUGGCCUGUAGUGGCCUUUCCAACUCCAAACCCCCAGAGACUGUACUUCCUAAGUCCCCCACUUUCUCAGCACCAGCAGAGAGUGGGGUGUAGACAAACAGAAAACGUGAAUGCAUGACGUAGACUGCCGCCUUUGCACUACACGGCGCUGAGCAUGAGAGGUGUUUGUAUAAUGUUGGCAAAGGAAUUUAACAGAAACAGAAAGCUGCGUACUGUUGUUUUGGCCCCAUUUUCCUGCCUUUCCUUGCCUUCUCUCCCCACCCUCCCUACCACAUUGAUUCUGUCCCCAGUGGUUGGUAUUUGGUGGCAGCUCUUGGUCCUGUGGCUGUUCAUGUUUCACUGAAAACAGAGGGGUGGGAAGUGGUAAGGAACGUAAUUUUUUCUAAUUUUUGUAUAGGUAUCCACAAGCGUUUGUAUUUUUUGAAUUGCAAACACUGUGUUUUCUGGUCUUUAGGGGGUUGGUUGAACUUUCUGUAUUACUUUUUGGAAACUUGAGUUUUACCACAUUCUUAAACAGAUUUGAAAUAAA